AAUUUCGAAUUGUUCCAUGUCGAACUAAUUAUUACUUUUGGUAAACGAAUGUGAAACUUUCCUUUUAAAAUUAUCUGUUGGUAAAAAAAACAGGACAAAAAUUACGGAAGUGCAUUAGAACUAUACGCAAAAUUUUUGUAAAUGUUAAUUCCGGCCGCCUACAAAUCGAAUACCGAACCCACGUCGAGAGAAGUGUCCCCAGACGGCCAAGAGCGGGCCGUGUCAAUGGGGAAGCAAUCGGAGGGGGAUAACACGAGCGGAAACAGUGUCAAGACUUUGGCGCAGAACAGCUAUAUAAGCAUUCACCAGCGGUCAUCCUUGCCGCUGGCCGUUAUCUCCAAAGGUCCACCUUCAAGCGACGUCAACAACAACAGCAUCAGCAACAACUGUACCGAAGAGGAUGACGAGCUGACGCUCAGCGACGGCGAACAGUUCGGCUCCGUUGACGACGACGAGGAGGAGCAGCAGGCGUGCACGCCGAAAAGGCGGAUCACCUCGCAGGGCGAUGAGAUGGGUGCCAAGCUGAAGCAUGAGCUCUCCAAGUACAAGCAGGAGCUCAAGGAGUACAACGAGACCACCAAGGAUCUGGAGAAAAAGUACAUGAAGAUCAACUAUGAGCUGAGCGAAAUGCAACAGAAGCACGAUCAUUUUGUCGGCCGGCGCAGCCAGAGUCCCGAUUCGGAGCUGGCCAGCGAAGCGGAUGCGGAUGCCGAUGGAAACGUACUCGACAGCUAUUGCCCCUCGGACAGCAGCAUCGGAUCGGAGCUGACGGUCAAGCACAAGAGCACCAAGGUAUUUCGCAGCAAUACGAGCUUCAUGACGGUGCUGGCUGCACCCAGUUCCUGCGAGGAGCUGACGACGCGGCAGAAGCGCCAGGAGCUGAGGCAGCCCAAGAUCAGGCAUAAUCUGACCGCCCAGGUGGAGGUUGGUGGAUAUGGCCAGCAUAUCGUGUCCAGUCGGCAUACACGACGUGCCCUGCGGGCACCCUCCGACCAUCUGGAGGAGCAGGAGAAUGAGCCGAACUCGUUCAAGCAAAUGUACCAUGUGCUCAAGGAUGUGAUGAACACGCAACAGCAGCAACAGCAGCAGCAGCAGCAGCUGCAGCAGCUGCAGCAGGAUCACAAGCCAAAGUACAGCUACGAGCGCGACAGCGGCGAGUUCAAUCAGCUGUACACGACCAUCAAGGAUCUGAAGACCGAGCAGGUGCAGUUCCGUAACAUCAUACGCCAUCAGCAGGAUCGCAUCACCGACUAUCACACGCGCUGCGUGAAGGCGCAGGAGAUCAUGAAGACGCAAAAGCAUGAGAUCGACAAGCUGCAGGUGAACAACAAGCAGCUGGAGUCGAGCAUCUAUCACGACAUCGAUACUUUGCGGUCCAAGAUCGACAGCAAGCUGAAGAGCGUCGCCCAGCUGCCGCAUCUGAUGCGCGAGGAGCACACCAAAUAUGAGAAGGUGCUGCGCGAGAACUGUCUCAUGGCCGAGAAGCUGCACGCCCUCCAGAAGGAGGCCGCACAGCUGAAGUGCAAGAUCGAUGAGCUGGGCAAACGCAAACUGAUCACGGUCAAUCGCCUCAAGGCAGCGGAACGGGAUCUAAAGAUUUUUAAAAACUAUAAUGCGGCGCUCAAAACGGAAAAGCGCCGCCUCGCCGAGGAGUUAUCCACCUCGAAAUUGCAGCUGGACUCGCUGCAGGCAGUCGGCAAGCGGCAGCUGUCGCGGCAUCGCGAGCAAACAGAGAAACAGCGCCGGGAGCUGCAGAAGCGCAUCUUUGAUCUGGAGCUGAAGCUAAGCCGCAGCCAAAACUCCACAUCGAGCCUCAUCCAAGAGCGCGACAGCCUUAUUGCCGAGCUGCAGACCCAGCUGCACACGCUGGUCCACAACUUCGAGGUCUCCCAGAAGCACAUACGCGUGCUGCGCCGCCACAUUUACACCAUGACAUCGGGAAACUCUGCCGGCAGCGCACUCGGCUCAGGCUGUGCACCGGGCAGCAGCAGCUCCAGCCCCCAGCGCUCCUGUCCCAGCAGCGAGCAGAACGUAAUGCGGGCCAGCCAACAGAGCCAGCCGUCCAGCCCUUGCGUGACACGGCUGAGUACUCCACGCACGCUUAAGAGCAGAGCCUAAGGAUCAGUCACCGUCAGGCACCGUCUCUAUAAAGCGGUUCAAGCAACUUGAGGAUAUGGCCAGGGUCAGCUAAACGUGAUCUGUAUAGUUCACUGAUUUCUGGGCCAUAUCAUCAAGUUGCUUGCACGCUACAUUUGCAGACUGUCGCGGCAAUUGUUAGUCCAUCCCAUUGAUUUUCAUCUGUGUUGUUUCUAUUGAUUUUAAUCAAAUUUUCGUUUAUAAAUUGUGUUGCAAAUUAAUCAUGAUUUUAUUUUUACAAA